AUGUGCAAGUCUUUUAUGGAUUAUUCGAUAUCCCAUCUCGAAACAUCCAUCGACUUGGAACUGUAUUUAAGAUCACGGCUUUCAAGGCCCUCGACUUCGACGCCAAGAAGAGUUGGGCCGAACUCUCCCCACAUACGACUUGGGAUUCUGCCGGCAUGUCCAACGGGCUUAUCGAACUCCUUACAGGAGAUUGCCCUCACUCGGCGUGGACUACCGGCACUUGGUCACUUUGUUACCGCACUCGCUAACCAUUUUGACAUCACCCCUGAAGCCUACAGAUUACAUGGAGAGAUAGCGCUUCAGGAGAGGUCUGAGAUGCGAUGUCUCAACUACAACGAGCUCAAGCAGGCCGACCUUGUUCGGAACCGGACUACGGCUAAGGAGUACACACAGCGCACCGCCUACGACACCUAUUUCAAAAAGCUCCAGCAGGGUCCGCCUAAUUCCGAUCCGGCAGGGUAUGAAUAA